AUGGAAUGCGAUGAUUUGUGGGUAUUCAGUGUGGUUACAAUGAAGAAGCAUUGGAACUCUGUGAGAAUGUGCAGAAAAAAUGUACAACCAGACCUUUACACUUAUUGCAACAUGUUCAAUGCAAUUGCUGCAUUAAAAUGUUUGCAUUUCGGUAAGGAAGCUCAUGCUAUGGUUUUAAAGUCUGGGAGUGAAAUAAAACCAACAAAUGUUUCCAAUGCGAUUGCUGAUGCAUAUGCCAAAUGUGGCUUACUUGAAGAUGUACAAAAGCUUUUUGACAGAACAGAAGAGAGAAAUGUAGUGCCUUGGACAACUUUGGUUACUGCUUAUUCUCAAUGUUCUGAGUGGGAGGAUGCACUGACAAUCUUCUCAAAGAUGAGGGUUGAAGAAUUUACGCCAAAUCAGUUCACUCUCUCUAGUGUACAUGUUGCAUGUGUCGGCCUUUGUUUGGUUGAGUAUGGUCAACAAGUCCGUGGGCUCAUUUGCAAGGCUGGCUUGGACACAGACAGGUGCAUAGAAAGUGCUUGA